CGUUUCAACAAACCUGAUGCUGAAAUCGUAGAUCAUUACACGUACUGCAUUCUUGGUGAUGGUUGCCAGAUGGAAGGAAUCGCCCAGGAAGCUUGCUCACUUGCUGGCCACUGGGGGCUUGGAAAAUUGAUUGCCCUGUAUGAUGAUAAUCACAUUUCUAUUGAUGGCGACACUGCCAUUGCAUUCACUGAGAGUGUUGAUUUGAGGUUUGAGGCCCUUGGCUGGCAUGUUAUUUGGGUGAAGAAUGGUAACACUGGUUACGAUGAAAUUCGUGCUGCUAUCAAGGAAGCUCAGUCUGUCAAGGACAAACCCACUUUGAUCAAGGUUACUACCACUAUUGGUUUUGGGUCUCCCAACAAGUCAAACUCGUACAGUGUGCACGGAAGUGCAUUGGGUUCUAAGGAAGUUGAGGCUACAAGGCAGAAUCUUGGCUGGCCUUACGAGCCAUUCCACGUUCCAGAGGAAGUGAAGAAGCACUGGAGCCGCCAUACCCCUGAGGGAGCCUCCUUGGAAGCUGAGUGGACUUCUAAGUUUGCAGAGUAUGAGAAGAAGUAUCCUACAGAAGCAGCUGAGUUCAAGUCAAUCAUUACCGGUGAAUUGCCUGCUGGUUGGGAGAAAGCUCUUCCUACUUACACACCUGAGACCCCAGGUGAUGCAACCAGAAACCUGUCGCAGCAAUGCUUAAACGCCCUUGCAAAGGUUCUUCCAGGACUUCUUGGUGGUAGUGCAGAUCUUGCAUCUUCAAAUAUGACCUUACUAAAAAUGUUCGGAGACUUCCAAAAGGACACACCGGAAGAAAGAAAUGUUCGUUUUGGUGUUAGAGAGCAUGGAAUGGGAGCCAUUUGCAAUGGAAUUGCCCUUCACAGCCCAGGGCUAAUCCCUUACUGUGCUACCUUCUUUGUGUUCACUGACUACAUGAGAGGAGCAAUGAGGAUCUCUGCCUUGUCAGAAUCUGGAGUCAUCUAUGUUAUGACCCACGACUCUAUUGGGCUUGGAGAAGAUGGACCCACCCAUCAACCCAUCGAGCACUUGGCAAGUUUUCGUGCCAUGCCCAACAUUCUAAUGCUCCGCCCAGCUGAUGGUAACGAGACUGCUGGUUCAUACAAGGUUGCUGUUGAAAACAGAAAGACACCAUCCAUUCUUGCUCUUUCUAGGCAAAAGCUUCCUAACUUGCCAGGAACAUCCAUUGAAGGAGUUGCAAAGGGAGGGUACACCAUCUCAGACAACUCUUCAGGCAACAAGCCUGAUGUUAUUCUGAUUGGAACUGGUUCAGAGCUGGAAAUUGCUGCCAAAGCUGGUGACGAGCUAAGAAAAGAAGGAAAAUCUGUCAGAGUUGUAUCGUUUGUGUCUUGGGAGUUGUUUGAACAGCAAUCUGAUGAAUACAAGGAGAGUGUCCUUCCUGCAGAUGUUACAGCAAGAGUAAGCAUUGAGGCUGGAUCAACCUUCGGAUGGCACAAGAUUGUGGGAUCAAAGGGGAAGGCCAUCGGUAUUGACAAGUUUGGAGCUAGUGCACCAGCAGGAAUAAUAUACAAGGAGUAUGGAAUCACAGCCGAGGCAGUUAUUGAAGCGGCAAAAUCAGUUUGUUAGGCCACGGUGCUGCAGAUUCUUUUUGCCUCCUGUUUUCCAUUUUUGUUAACUGAUCAAGUAGACAAGGCUCCCUGGUCAAUCUAGUGAGUACUGUAUUACAGUAAAUCCGAAAAAAAAAAAAUUAGUUACUGUAAAGAAAGCGGAUUUGAUCGUUCCAUUUGUCAAGAUGAAUUUCUAAGGCUUCUUACAGUAAGAGUGUUUGUUGAUUUGUAUUUAAAAUCUUGCAUUCAAUGUUAAAGUAUGGACAGCAUAUUUUCUAAUAAGGAACAAUGACAGUGAUGCUGAUUAUGUGAAGCAGUUUUCUCUUCCCAUUAAAUUAGGACUUGUUUUCUUGA